AUGAAUGGCGGGAUCAUCUCUGUAAUCCCGUCCCCUCCCAAACACGAAACCAUAUCUCCUCCCGGACCCAGGAGAGUGGGCCCCCUGCGCGGAGACGAGCCCGGGGAGAAGCAAAUAUCAUCUGUACAGCUGUCUGGAACGUCCCUCCCCAGCCGCCUCUCCUGCUCCUACAGCCUCAUCAUCUCAGCCCCAUUCCCGGUGAUUUAUGUGGACAUAGAUCAGAGCACGGGAGCGGGGGGGGGCGGGAGGCGAGGGGGAGAGACGAGGGAAAGGGGAAAAACUCACUCGUGA